GGUGGUCUCUGCCUGGUGAUGUAAGACGUGGCCCCACAUGAUUCCUGGGUGCACUGUGACAUCAAGGGUCUUUUGCAAAGGGACGGCGGGGACCUGGACACAUGUCCUGUGGAGCUGUGAGGGUGAAACGACAGCACACAUGUGGAGUGUGGUGCCUAACUCGAUGAGGAACGGAGCAGGAAUGUCUCCUCUGACGGUGGCAGGUGUGUCUGGCUGACACAGUGCCUGUCGCAGAGUAGUUGCCCAGGACACGGCUGGCUAACUGAGUGCACAAGUGGAUGAGAGGACUGGGAGAAGGAAAGAAGCGGCUCCUGAAUGUGGGUUUGCCUGCAGCAAGAAGAGGCCCAGUGGAGGGAGAUGCCAGAGGCCCCUUCGGCCCUUCAGAGUCCCGCCGGCUCCCCCUCCCUGCUGGGACCCUGCAUUUUCAGAGCCUGCUGCAGCUGAGCGGCCUCGGAUCCCGCAUGCUGCUUCAUGUCCUACAAGCAGGUCCCGGGCCUCUGGCCUGUCUGCGAGGACGUUCCCCAGGAAUGAGCCGGCCCGUGUUCCCUAGUGACGUGGUUGGGAGCGUCAUUUGUUUCUCCUGUACCUCCUCCUGGUGGAAAGGACCCUCAUUUGCUGAAUCCAACACUGCGACACGUGAGCUCAGAAAGAAGAAAGGCCCCUCGGGCAGCUGCCGGUCCUGCGGACGCGGAGCGAGGGCGGCCCUGGGAGGCCGGGUGGGCGUGCACCUGCCGCUCGGGGCUGCAGCCUGGGCUCGGCGCGGCGGGCGGAGAUGAAUGGGCGUGACUUCAUUGUGGGACCAACAUGAACAGAUACACCGAAUACCCACCCAGCCCCAGUCACCCUGCCCAGGAGCCCGUGGAGGCUGAGCCCAGUGGAGCUCUGCUCCAGGAAGAUGUUCACAUGAGCAGUGGCUCUAGUGGAAAUGAAGCCAACGAAAACCACUCCCCAGGGCGGGACUCGCAGGGCAGCGAGGAGCUGGGGAUGCUGGUGGGGCCGCCCGUCGUCCACCCAAGUCCAGGUGCCUUUGGCCUCAUGAUGGCGAAGUCCGAACACAGCACGUCUGCAAGUGGCUGCAGCGAGCAGUCUGCCAAAGCGGAUGCGCACAAGGAACUGAUAAAAACCCUGAAGGAGCUGAAAGUCCACCUGCCUGUGGACAAGAAGGCCAAAGGGAAAGCCAGCACAUUGGCAACCUUGAAGUACGCGCUCAGGAGCGUGAAGCAGGUGAAAGCCAACGAGGAGUAUUACCAGCUGCUCAUGUCCAGCGAGAACCACCCCUGCAGUGCCUACGUGCCCUCCUACACCGUGGAAGAAAUUGAGAGUGUCACCUCCGAGUUCACCGUGAAGAACGCGGGUAUGUUUGCUGCGGCCGUGUCCCUGGCCACCGGGAAAAUCCUGUACAUCUCUGACCAAGUUGCCUCCAUCUUUCACUGUAAAAGGGAUGCCUUCUACGGUGCCAGGUUCGUGGAGUUCCUGGCGCCCCACGACGUCAGCGUGUUCCAUGCCUCGACCACGCCUUACAAGCUUCCGCCCUGGAGUGUGGGCCGUGGAGCAGAUUCAUUUACUCAAGAAUGUAUGGAGGAGAAAUCUUUCUUCUGCCGUGUCAGUGUUGGGAAAAACCACGAGAACGAGAUUCGCUACCACCCGUUCCGUAUGACUCCUUACCUGGUCAAGGUGCGGGAGCAGCAGGGCGCCGGGAGCCAGCUGUGCUGCGUGCUGCUGGCAGAGAGAGUGCACUCAGGCUACGAAGCCCCUAGAAUUCCUCCUGAAAAGAGAAUUUUUACGACCACACAUACACCAAAUUGUUUGUUCCAGGACGUGGAUGAAAGGGCGGUCCCCCUCCUGGGCUACCUACCUCAGGACCUCAUCGAGACCCCCGUGCUCGUGCGGCUUCACCCUGGUGACAGGCCUUUGAUGGUCACCGUCCACAAAAAGAUCGUGCAGUCCGGUGGGCAGCCCUUCGACUAUUCUCCCAUUCGGUUCCGAGCCCGGAACGGCGAGUACGUCACCCUGGACACCAGCUGGUCCAGCUUCAUCAACCCGUGGAGCAGAAAAAUCUCCUUCAUCAUUGGCAGACACAGAGUCAGGGUGGGCCCAUUGAAUGAGGAUGUGUUCUCGGCUCCAUCGCUCGUGGAGGAGAAGGACCAGCACCCCAGCAUUCAGGAGCUCACAGAGCAGAUCCACCGGCUGCUCCUACAGCCUGUGCCCCACAGCGGCUCCAGUGGCUACGGGAGCCUGGGCAGCAACGGGUCCCAUGAACACCUCAUGAGCCAGACCUCCUCCAGCGACAGCAAUGGUCACGAGGACUCCCGCCGACGGAGGACCGAAAUUUGUAAAAAUGGCAGCAGCGUCAAAAACAAAAGUCAUCCUGGUGAAUCUGGAGAACAAAAGGAAAAAUCUGUUGCAGAAAUGCACAGUAGUUCUCCUGCUCAGAUGAAAGCUGUCCCCGUGGAAAAGGACAGUUCGGGCACCAGCCUGCCCGCGGGCAGCUCUCCUGAGGAGCUGGGCUGCAAGAACCCUCCUGCCGGCUCCUACCAGCAGAUCAGCUGCCUGGACAGCGUCAUCAGGUACCUGGAGAGCUGCAGCGAGGCGGCCACUCUCAAGAGGAAGUGUGACUUCCUGGGAAACAUGGCGACCCAGAAGGCCAGCGACAAGCGAAAGGCAGUGGCCAGCCCCGGGCUGCAUUCCACAGACACCACGUUGCCCACCAAGGUGAAUAGCCACGCCGAGGUUAGUGCACACCUGCCCCCACUGACGCUGCCCUGCAAGGCGGAGAGUGUGGUGUCCCUCACCAGCCAGUGUAGCUACAGCAGCACCAUUGUUCACGUGGGUGAUAAGAAGCCACAACCUGAGCUAGAGCUUGUGGAAGAUGCCGUGAGCGGCCCCGAGUCUCCGGACGGCCGGCCCUGCAGCCUGGGCCCGGAGAAGGAGCCGCUCAGGACGCUGGGCCUUACCAAGGAAGUGCUGGCCGCCCACACCCAGAAGGAGGAGCAGAGCUUCCUGCUCAGGUUCAAGGAGAUGCGGAAACUCAGUAUCUUCCAGUCUCGCUGCCAUCAUUACUUGCAAGAAAAGUCCAAGGGGCAGUUGAGUGAGAGAACCACUCCGGGACUAAGAAAUGCCUCUGGAAUAGAUUCAUCUUGGAAAAAAACCGGGAAGAACAGAAAACUGAAGUCCAAACGGGCCAAGCCUCGAGAUUCGUCCGAGAGCACCGGGUCUGGGGGGCCCGCACCCCUCCGGCCCCCGCUGCUGGGCCUGAACGCCACGGCCUGGUCACCGUCUGACACGUCCCAGUCCAGCUGCCCCACGACGCCCUUCCCUGCCUCGGUGCCAGCGUACCUCCUGCCCGUGUUCCCAGCCCCAGGAAUCCUGCCCACACCCGGGGCGGUGGCGGCGGCACCCGUGGCCCCCCACGCCAGCUUCGCGGUGCCCCCCCUGCCCGUGGACGCCCGGCACGAGUUUGGCCUCCAGCCCUCGCCGUUCGCCGUCCCCCUGGCCCCGGUCAUGGCACUGGUGUUACCCAACUAUCCCCUCCCCGCCGUGCCCCCCGGCCUGCCCCAGGCCUUCUUCCCCGGCCAGCCUGACUUUCUGUCGCACGUGAUCCCUGCCUCGCAGCCUGAGCUCGCCGGUCGGACGUCACCCCCCAAACAGCCGUGCGCCUGUCCCCAGGCAGAGCGCGGGCCCGCGGCAUCUCGCGCGGCCACCCCGGCCUCCCCGGCGCCGGCCUCGGGGCCCACGGGCAGGGCGUCCCCUCCGCUCUUCCAGUCCCGAGGCAGCUCCCCCCUGCAGCUCAACCUGCUGCAGCUGGAGGAGGCCCCUGAGGGCAGCUCCGCGGCCGCAGCCACAGCGGGGUCCUCGGGGACGGCGGGGCCCGACUGCAAACCCGGCACCUCCUGGGACCGGCAGCCAAAGACAGCGCCAAUCCGUGAGGACCCCGCCGACGCCCAGAACAGCGAUGCCCUCUCCACGUCCAGCGGCCUGCUUGACCUCUUGCUGCACGAGGACCUGUGCUCGGCCACAGGGUCGGCCCUGUCCAGGAGUGGGGCCUCCGCCACCUCCGAUUCCCUGGGCUCUGGCUCUCUGGGCUGCGACACGUCCAGAAGUGGGACUGGCAGCAGUGACACAAGUCAUACCAGCAAAUAUUUUGGAAGCAUUGACUCCUCGGAGAAUAAUCACCAAGCAAAAAUGAAGGCAGACAUGGAAGAAAGUAAACACUUCAUCAAAUACGUCCUCCAGGACCCCGUCUGGCUGCUGAUGGCCGACACGGACGACAGCGUCAUGAUGACGUACCAGAUGCCUUCCCGGAACCUGGAGACCGUGUUGAAGGAAGACCGGGAGAAGCUGAAAGCGAUGCAGAAGUCCCAGCCCCGCUUCACGGAGGGCCAGAGGCAGGAGCUGCAGGACGUCCACCCGUGGCUGCGGGCCGGUGGCCUGCCCACCGCCCUGGACCUCACGGAAUGUGUUUACUGUGAGAACCAGGGACCGGACAGUAUUUGUGUACCGUACGAGGAAGAUAGUCCUACCCUGGGUCCCAGCGAAGCCACGGACACCCAGGAGGAGGAACGUGGAGCCCCCUCGGGUUGCAGCAGGGAAGAGCGGACCUAACUCCCCGCCCCGCGCCGGCAGCCCAUGACCUACGUUAGACGGUGCUCGGAAGCCAUGAAAGAUUUCCACGUGUUUGUGAUCCAAUGGACGGAUACCCUUGUGUCGCUUUUUUUGUUUUAGAACAAAAAAACCCAUAGUUUUCUGAAGGAAUGACUUAAAACUGUGGAGGGUGAGAAAGGUUUGGGCGGAAAUACAUUUUUCUAUUUAAAACAUAAAUACAGAGUUUGGGAGCCAGGGGGACAGAUGUCAUUAUUAUUUAACUUGAGAAAGACUGAAUCCCCUCUUUGCACAAGGCAGGGAGGUCUGUGGACUUGAGGAGGCUUCCCACGGCCCCGGGGGGUGUCCUGAGCAUCUUCCAGGCUGAUGGCAAACAGGCCCUUCCCGAGCUGCCCCAGGGUGUGUGUGGCUCAGAUCAGAUUCUUUCCUCUGGGGGCUGCUUUUUAUCUAAAUCAUCGUCUAGUCAAACUAGAUGUUUCUAAAACAUACCAAAUGGAGAUUACAGCCUGUCCCAACUGCGCGUGAAAGGGUGUGAAGCGUACUUUGGCAAACCAGCAGCUUCAGCUUCAGGUACGACAGCGGCAAACAUUUCGAUCUGAGGUGAUUGGGUUUGCGGUCAGCAAAGCAGAGAUGGCCACAAGAGGCCCCGUGGUUGUGUGGCCAAGGCCAUCAGACUAGCCCACGCCAGAACCUUCUGUGUAUUUCGACAUCAUUCUUGUAUCCUUUUCAGACCAUGACAAGUAUGUAGAUGAAAUACAUUGUUGGUCAUCUCUAGGGUGACUGCCCUUUGCAGACCAGGCUCUCAUCGCCACAUUUGGGACCUGUUGGUGCUUGUCCCAGACAUGAGCUCUGGCAGAGAGUCGCCGCUGACACUGUGAGCUGGUGGCCGCGUCUGUGUUUUCCUGGGCGCCGUUAGCUCGCCUCUCCCACCGCACCCUGGGCUGGGACACCGGCCUCCUGUCUUUACAUGAGUCUGGCCUCCCUGGGGGCAGCUUCCGGUCCCCAGCCCCUGCAGUGACGGUCCUAGUGUCACCAGCACUUUCUGGUCACUGGGACACACCAGGGAGGGAGUGAGGCCUGUCUGCCCAUCUGCUUACAAAACCUCAUGUUGCAUCAUCUAUCCCAAAGCUCGUCUGGGGGAAGCGCUAUAUGGGUCCCUGGAGUGAAUGUUACCACGGGUGAAACAAUUGACUUAAAAUCAGGUCGAGUUUGUAGAAACGGAAAAGAAAGGCUUCCCCUUGCUCUCUGGUGGAGAAGCGGCUACUAGAAUAAAUGAAGCCUCCUUGUAAUCCGCUCGCUUUUCAAUCUUAUACUUGGGUGUUAAUCCUACCUUUCAUAAACCUAAACGUAAGAAUACUGGUGGGUCUUUUUUAUUAUUUAUAAAGUAACAUCACCUUCAGAUGCCCAAAAUGAGGGUGGUAGCCUGUGCGUUGUGUGGAGAAUAGAUGCCUCCCAACCUGCCUCCUGCCUCUGACGUCAGAUCAUUAGGGAGUUAGACGCUAGUAAGGUCACAAGUAUGUUACCUGAACAUACAACUGUCAAAACAUUCUCCACUGUUAUGAAUGUCUACCAUCAGCAUUGUUGAAGUACAUGAUUUGUGCUCAUUGAUUGUUAACUGCGUAGCUUUAACGCGUGCUGGAAAGUUGACAAUAGGAGCAUUUUGUGAAAUUGUUUACACGGUGCCACGCAUCGAGACGUGUUUCCUUUUAGUAUGUGUGCUUACACGGGGGUCGUGAAACCCUUUUCUUGAUUUUAAACUGAGCCUUCUUUUUAAUCUAUUCCUAAAAAAGACAUGUACAUAAGCUCUCGGAGUCUGUGUAAUGACUUGGUAAGCCUUGCCGGACAAGUGGUUUGUUCACGCACAAACCAAAACCUUCUUCACCCAGUGCAAUAUGUUUGUUUACUGCUUGUGUCUUUUUAUGACUGUUUUGCUUUUUAGAAAAUUGGUAAAUAAAGCAAGUAUAUUUUUAUUGUUCA